AUGGCAGACCUCAACAUCAACAAAGACCAUGAUACCACUGAAGCAUCAAAUGGAGCAGACACUUCAUCAUCUGAGGACCUGGCUACCGUAGUCGACGAUCUCUUGAAUCAACUAUCCACAAAGUUCACAAACAUUUCCUCGGAUCUGCUUGCGAAAAUGGAUGAGAUGUCCAGACGUCUUGACAACCUCGAGGCUUCUAUUCAAGCAUCUGCCAGAUCCCAAGAUGAUGAGUCGAAAUGA